AUGAAUGCCGGGGGUAUGCCCUCAGAUCAGCCGGGCUACUCAUUCUCCAACGCCGCCGCGCCCUCCGAGAGCUCAGGACUAAGACAACAUGCCUUUAACCCAUACACAGACAACGGUGGCUCGACGCUGGGAAUAACAGGUGCUGAUUUCGCCAUACUUGCGGGAGACACACGAUCAACAUCAGGCUACAGCAUCAAUACCCGAUAUGCACCCAAACUCUUCCGAAUUGGCGACGAUGGCGACUCAUCCUCCCGUAUGGUCCUCUCAGUCGUUGGUUUUGCGGCAGACGGAAAUGCGCUGAAAGAGCGGCUGGAUGCCAUUGUCAAGAUGUACAAGUAUCAGCAUGGAAAGCCGAUGAGCGUCAAGGCGUGCGCGCAACGCCUAUCAACGAUCCUCUACCAGAAGCGAUUUUUCCCCUACUAUGUGCACGCGAUUCUCGGCGGUCUGGACGAGGAUGGAAAGGGAGCACUGUACAGCUAUGAUCCCGUGGGCAGUUACGAGCGGGAACAAUGUCGAGCAGCUGGAGCGGCGGCCAGUCUGAUAAUGCCCUUCUUGGACAACCAGGUCAACUACAAGAACCAAUACAUUCCAGACUCGGGAUCCGGGCACGACCUGCAGCCGCGAGCGCUCGAGAGCUUGUCGAAGGAUACGGUGAUCGGGCUGGUCAAAGAUGCCUUCACAAGUGCGACGGAAAGACACAUUGAGGUGGGCGACGGGCUGCAGAUGUUGAUUAUCACGAAGGACGGCAUCCAGGAAAUCUACGCUCCCCUGAAAAGAGAUUAG